AGCUGCCACGUAAUGUUGUGUUGUGUGUCGCGUCGACGACGUACUGUCGGUUCGACAAUUAACGGUGAAUUACACUGUAAAAGUGCAAUGCACAUCUCAUGUGGCAGUGAGGUCUAAAUUUUUCUUCAUAUUCGCCGUAGUAAAGUUGUCCAAAAGUAUCCAAGUCAGUCACCCAAUCCAAUGAGUAUGCCACCUGAUUCAAUGAAUAAACGAUAUUCAGAACCAUAUCCUGAUCAAAUGAAUCACGUAAAUAGUCAAAUGAACGCGAUGCCUCUUCCACAGCAUGGCUACAAUAAAGUAUGGUAUCCAAAUCAACCACCAAAUCCAAUGAGUAGUAUGCCACCAGAUCCAAUGAAUAAGCGAUACUCAGAGACAUAUCCUGAUCAAAUGAAUCACUUAAAUAGUCAAAUGAAUAUGAUGACUGUCACGCAACAUGGCUACAAUAAAUUUUGGGGAAUGGAAACUGUUGAUCUUUUGCAAUGUAGGAAUGUCCUCCCAACAGAGAAAGUAGAACCACCAAAAAUUAAACUUCACCAAGAGUUUUUAGACAGUGUUAAUUGUAGUCCCGACAUUUUCCGCUGCACACUCACGAAGAUUCCCGAGUCAAAUACUUUACUGCAGAAAUCUAGGUUGCCUUUAGGAGUUUUAAUACAUCCCUUCAGAGAUUUAAAUCAUUUACCAGUGAUACAAUGCAGUACAAUAGUUAGAUGUCGUGCUUGCAGAACAUAUAUUAAUCCAUUUGUAUACUUCAAUGACUCAAAAAGAUGGAAGUGUAAUCUUUGUUAUAGAGUAAACGAAUUACCAGACGAAUUUCAGUUCGAUCCCGUAACAAAAUCAUAUGGAGAUCCAUCAAGAAGACCAGAAGUAAAAACUAGUACGAUUGAGUUUAUUGCACCUAGUGAAUACAUGCUACGUCCACCACAGCCAGCUGUAUAUCUGUUUGUUUUGGACGUUUCGAGACUGGCAGUUGAGAGCGGUUACUUGACCAUAGUGUGCAACGUAAUUUCAGAAGAAUUAUCAAGGCUGCCUGGCGAUAGUAGGACACAAAUUGGAUUUUUAGCAGUAGAUUCUGCAAUACACUUCUUUGGCAUACCUGACAAUGUAUCACAACCUCAGGAAAUGAUCAUGCUUGACAUUGAUGAUGUGUUUCUUCCAUGUCCGGAAAAUCUAAUUGUCAAUUUAAAAGAACGAGAAGAAUUAGUAAGAGAUUUAUUGGCUCAAUUGCCCACAAAAUUUCAAGGAACUCAUGAUACAAAUAAUGCUUUGGGUGCGGCGUUACAAGCUGCGUAUAAACUUAUGUCACCAACUGGUGGACGUGUGACUGUCUUCCAAACUUGCUUGCCAAAUAUAGGUCCAGGAUUAUUGCAAGCAAGAGAGGACCCAAAUAGUAGAGGGAGUAAAGAUGUACCACAUUUAAAUCCAGUUACAGAUUUUUAUAAAAGGUUGGCGCUAGAUUGCAGCGGACAGCAAAUUGCAGUCGAUCUAUUCCUAUUAAACUGUCAAUACUGUGACCUAGCUACUCUUUCGGGUAUGUGCAAAUUCUCUGGAGGUUGUAUAUACCAUCUUCCUCUAUUCCGGGGUUCAAAACCACAACACGCGGAAACUCUCGAUAGAAUACUGAGACGUUAUAUUACCAGAAAGAUCGGUUUUGAAGCAGUGAUGAGAAUACGAUGUACACGAGGACUGAGCAUUCAUACUUUCCAUGGAAAUUUCUUUGUAAGGUCAACUGACCUGCUUAGUUUGCCUAACGUCAAUCCGGAUGCUGGUUUUGGAAUGCAAAUCUCUAUAGAAGAGAAUCUUUCAGAUGUGCAAAACGUCUGUUUCCAGGCAGCUUUACUUUAUACCUCAAGUAAAGGUGAAAGAAGAAUUAGGGUACACACAUUAUGCCUACCGGUAGUAUCUACCUUAUCAGAUGUUCUGCAUUCCGCUGAUCAACAAUGCAUAGUGGGCCUACUUUCUAAAAUGGCUGUAGACAGAUCUCAACAGUCCUCUUUAUCUGAUGCAAGGGACGCUCUGAUAAAUGUUGCCAUAGAUGUUUUAUCAGCCUACAAAUUGUCCCAAUCAGUGGCCUCUGGUGGACUUCUUGCUCCAGCAAGCUUAAAACUACUGCCUCUUCAUAUUAUUGCUCUGCUCAAAUGUGUUGCCUUCAGGUCAGGAACAAAUACGAGACUUGAUGACCGGGUGUUCGCAAUGUGCCAGUUGAAAACUCUACCACUGUUUCAAUUAAUUCAAAUGAUUUAUCCAGAUCUGUAUCCUGUUCAUGCGCUUGAAGAUCGAAAUGCGAAAGAUAUUGAUGGGAAAUUAUGCCCACAACCACCUAGACUGCAUCUUUCUGCAGAAAAACUUGAUUCUCGGGGUGCUUUCUUAAUGGACAUUGGUGAUCGAAUAUUUAUCUUAAUCGGCAAAAAUAUUCAUCCUUCGUUUUGUUGUAAUGUUCUUGGAGUCUCUGCUUUUCCCUCGAUACCAGAAGAACUUUAUGAGUUACCAGAGAUUGAGACACCCGAAAGCGAAAGGUUACGAAAUUUUAUAUUUAGUUUGCAAGAGGAGAAACCCUAUCCAGCUUCUAUACAAAUUAUUCGGGAUGACAGUCACUUCAGGACGCUUUUUAUUGAACGAUUAGUUGAAGAUCGUUUUGAGAAUUCUUUGAGUUAUUACGAAUUCUUGCAACAUCUUAAGACUCAAGUGAAAUAAUAAUAGAGGAAUUUAUUUUGGAGUUAAAUGAAUACAGAAGAAGAAACAAACAAAUCUUAACACACAGAAGUCAUUGUUUAUUACAGUGAAAGUGUUUAGCAAUCGCGAACUGUGUUCAAAAAAUACGAACCUCUUAAAAACGAUUGUUUGAUCGGUUAAUUAGAAUGAAACACCUAGAGAUAUAAAAAACCAUAUAUAUAUAUGUAUAUACAUACAUGUGUAUAUACAUAUAUAUAAUAUAUACACAUAUUUAUGUGCAUAUGUCCAUAUAUAUGUAUGUAUAUUGGUAAUUAUAUACAUGUAUACAUAUAUGUACGUAUAUGUUUGUAGGAAUGAAUGUUAUUCUUGUUUUAAGAAAUGUUAAUGCAUUUAAAUAUAAUUCAAUUGUAAUUAUUA